GAAUCAAACUUCCUUCAAUGGGUGACAUUUGGCUUAGACUAGCUAACAAGUGUGCAACAAAUAUCUCCACGAUCGACCAGUUCUCCCAACCUUCUCAUCCAUGGCUCCAACUCCAAGACUGGUGGUGCCAAUAGACUUGAAGAAGAAGCCAUGGGAACAAACUCUGCCUCUUCACAACCGUUGGCACCCUGAAAUACCCUCGGUAGCGGAUGUUGAAGUCGGUGAGGUCUUUAGAGUAGAGAUGGUAGACUGGACUGGAGGUAUCAUAAAAGAUGAUGAUUCCGCAACUGAUGUAAAAUUUAUAGAUCUCUCCACUGUCCAUUAUCUCAGUGGGCCAAUUAGAGUUGUAGACAAGGAUGGCAUACCUGCCAAGCCAGGUGAUCUUCUUGCAGUUGAAAUAUGUAACCUGGGUCCUUUGCCGGGGGACGAAUGGGGUUAUACAGCAACGUUUGACAGAGAAAAUGGAGGAGGUUUCUUGACAGACCAUUUUCCAUGCGCAACUAAAGCUAUUUGGUAUUUUGAAGGAAUUUAUGCCUACUCUCCCCAUAUACCAGGGGUGAGAUUUCCGGGUUUGACUCAUCCUGGAAUAAUUGGGACUGCACCAUCAAUGGAACUUCUGAAUAUAUGGAAUGAAAGGGAAAGAGAAGUAGAAGAAAAUGGCCAUAAGUCCCUAAAACUAUGUGAAGUUUUGCAUUCAAGACCGUUGGCAAACCUUCCAUCAACCAAAGGCUGCCAUUUAGGAAAGAUAACUAAGGGGACUGCUGAAUGGGAAAAGAUUGCUAAGGAAGCGGCAAGGACUAUUCCUGGAAGAGAAAAUGGAGGAAAUUGUGACAUCAAGAACCUUAGUAGAGGUUCGAAAAUAUAUCUUCCAGUGUUCGUAGAAGGAGCAAAUUUCAGCACCGGUGACAUGCAUUUUUCUCAAGGUGAUGGUGAAGUUGCCUUCUGCGGAGCAAUUGAGAUGAGUGGUUUUCUAGAGCUAAAGUGCGAAAUCAUAAGAGGUGGAAUGAAAGAGUACCUUACUCCAAUGGGGCCAACCCCACUUCAUGUAAACCCAAUCUUCGAGAUUGGCCCAGUUGAACCCAGAUUCUCAGAAUGGCUGGUGUUUGAGGGGAUAAGCGUGGAUGAGACCGGAAGGCAACAUUUCCUUGAUGCAAGUGUUGCAUAUAAACGUGCAGUACUCAAUGCUAUUGACUACCUCUCUAAGUUUGGGUACUCCAAAGAACAGAUAUACCUUCUGCUAUCCUGCUGCCCAUGUGAAGGAAGGAUAUCUGGAAUUGUGGAUUCACCAAAUGCUCUUGCAACUCUUGCAAUUCCAACUGCUAUCUUUGACCAGGACAUUCGUCCAAAAACUGGAAAGGUACCAGUAGGGCCUCGGCUAGUGAGAAAACCAGAUGUCUUAAGAUGCACUUACGAUGGAAAUCUUCCCACAACAAAGAACCCAGCUGCCUUGAUGUAACUCAAGUCCAUGGAGCUAAAAGCAAGAAACAGCUAUGUCGGGUUACACUUCUAUGCCUAGUGGGGCUUUAUGCAUAUGAAAACAAUUAUGGGUGGAAAAACAGUAAUGUGACAGAAUAAACUCCAAUUUCUGGCUGAGCUGUGACAGUUUCCAUCAUGGGCCAAAACUCAUAUUCGUAAGAGAAUGUUGUACGUUACAGGAUUUUCUACACACUGUAGCCAACAAAAGAACACCAACAUUGCGAUCACAAAUAUGUUGGAAAAAGAACGAUAUUAGUUGACCCUUUUCAAAGAA